CAGCAGAAAAGAAAAUAUUGAAUCGUCAAACGCCGCUGUCAAAAAUGAAAUGAUUCUUUCCAAAUGAAUUUCCAUCUGGAUCUCUGAAUUCCAAUGAGCGAAGAACGAGAGGAAGAUCAGAUCGCCAUGGGGGCUAGUUCCUUCGGACUGGCCCCUGGAGGGACUGUGGCUUCUUCUUCGGAUUUGGACAUGAUAAUGGGGGUGGUCAAACAGAUGUCGACUGGUAGUAGUCAGAAAAGACUGAGGACUAGCGCCACAUUCUUGGCCAUUCAAGAAUCCGCUAAGGAAAAACUUCAAAAAAUGAGGGAGCAGCGUGCCUUGCGCUACCAAGAAAUGCAGUUACCCCACAGACACGUGUGUGACAUGGUGGGGACCAGUUUGGGAUUGGAACUGAACGAUGUUAUGGACGGCGUUGUGGAUGAUUCCUACCACCUGGAACUCCUGCAAAGUUUACUCGAAAAGGGCCGAACAAAGUGCAUCCUCUUUUAUUAUCAAGAUGGACCACCGUAUCCGUUAGAGAGUGGAAGGAGUAAUCCAGCUCACAAAAGUGAUAUUAAAAGAAUAUAUGUUACCAGCGGAAUGCAAAUGGGCAUGUGUGGCAAAGCAGUAGCUGUGUACAAAUAUAACAAUGUUGCACUUGACUUGAAAAAUAUUAACGACGAUAUAUGCUUCAUUCAGUUCGACAUGAACGAUGGUCAAGCCAAUUUUGCUGCUGUAGCUUACGAUCUUCUGGCAGAAUUGAUCAAGCCUCCCCUAGCUCUGUCUAAGGAUUGGGGUGAUCUACCAAAAACGGAAAAUGGUCGAAUGCAGAAGCUGAAUUUCGAAGGGGACUUUGAAUCAUUCGUCACUUUCCUAGACCGUACCAAACAAGAUUUGAAGGGUGUAGUGACUUUCACUUGUGAUGAAAGCGUUCUGACGCAGAUAAAUGAUGAUAGUAAGAGACAAAGGGCUUUUUACAAUAAACCACUUAUACAACAAGUGGAGGCAAUAGUUCGUGUAUGGCAUAAAUUGAUAGAGAGGUGUCUUGUGCAAUAUAGGCAGCUAAGAAGGGAAGAUGAAUUUGUGGGCCCAGUAGUUGAAAUUGAAUACUGGAGAAGACAGCUGGCCAGAUUCACUUGUUUGGCGGAGUUUCUCGAAACUGAAGAGUGUCAGACAUUCAUCGAUUUCAUGGAAUUUAUUCGAAACAAAGAAAUUAUGACGAUCUGGAAACGGCAUAUCGACGACGUCUAUGACACAAAGAACGAAUGCACCGACAACGUGAAGUACUUGUACUCGAUGGAAAAGUACUGGGAUCCGUUCUAUAGACUGGACCCCCCCGAACUGGUUCAACAUCUACCGCCCUUAUUGCACGCCAUUCGCAUGGUGUUUACCACCUCGAGGUAUUAUAACAGCACCGGAAAUGUGACAGCUCUCCUAGUGAAGGUCUCCAAUCAGAUCAUCUUCAAAUGUAGGAGCUAUUUGGAUUGCGAGGGCACCAAAAGUGUUUGGAAACAGCCGAAAAAACUGGUUCUGGAAAAAAUACAGACUUGUCUUGACCUCUACUUGAAAUACUAUCAGUGUUUCAAGCGCACUAGGAAAUCCAUGGAAGAAGCAGGCGAAAAACCAUUCGAGUGUUCUGAAAUGUUCAUUUUCGGCAAAUUCGAAACAUUCAAAAAACGAGUUGAGGAAAUUGUCUACGUGCUGAACACCACAAUAAAAUACUCUAUUUUGCAAAAAAGCACUAUCGAGGAUAUAGACAUAUAUGCCAAGAAAUUCGUUGAUUUCUUCAAGAAGAUUUCAUCUCAAAAGUACGACGCAUUGAAUCAUCGACUUCCAUAUUUCGACGCUGAUUAUAAAGAAUACAGGCAAAAUGUUGUUGACACUGAAUGGGAGUUGGAGGAAUUUGUUGGCAGCUCUUUGUCGAAGAUGACUGAUGUAGACAAUAUUCUUCGAUUACUAAAACGGUUUGAGAAGCUGAAUUUGGAAUGCCUCCAUCUAGAAGAAAGAUAUCUUGAAGCAAUGCUCAUAUUUCAAGCAGAAAUCGAAGUAUUACGAGAUAGAUAUAAUGAAGAACGUCAAACUCCACAAAUACCACGUAAUAUGCCACCCGUGAGUGGUAGGAUAAUGUGGAUCAGGCAUUUUUAUAGUAGGAUUGAAGAGCCAAUGAAUGUGUUCAGGACCAAACCAAAAGUAAUGCGCCAUAGGAAAGUUCAGAAAUGUAUCCAACUGUUCAAUGCCAUGUCCAUGGUAUUUGUUCAUUACGAGAUGAUUUACCACGAAGCUUGGUUCACAUUUGCUGGACAAGUCCGGAAUUGUCUGAUGGCUCCCAUUCUAACCAAGGACGAAAAAACCAGGAGAUACCGAGUGAAUUUCGAUCCUUACAUAUCUGAAGUGAUUAGAGAAGCGGAGUAUAUGUACAAGCUCGAUUUAGGUGUACCAGACGUUGGGCAGGUCCUUGUAUUCUGUAAAGACAAACUCCUCAACUCCUAUGAAGUUGUAAGAGCACUAAUAACGAGAAACGAUACAAUAAGGAUGAACAUUCCCUCACUGUUCUUGCCUAUGAUGAGGCCUCAACUCAUCAAAAUGGAGAAUUCGUUCAUGCCUGGGUUUUCCACGAUCACCUGGACCUCCAUGAGGAUCCCAGAAUUCUGUGAGGAAGUCACGAACGUUUUGGACUACAUCGAGAUGUUCGUCAAAGAAGUGAGAGAUAUGAAGGAGGCCCGAAUUGAUGAAGUACUCGAAUCAUUGUCGACGACGCCUCUCGUAUACUUACCUCCUGAUGCUAUCAGUCCUAGUGAAUUGUUGAAUGAAAAUAUAGAACAUAGAAUACAAAUAGCAAAAGAGAUCGAUUUGAAAUCAUCAACAGUAGAAAGAUGUGUUAUCGAAUUGAUCAACAAAUUCCUGAGUGUAAUUGAUCAACCAGAGCUUCAGAAAAAUAAAUUCAAAUGGAUGGAUCCUGAAAAAGCCUUGAAACCUAUUGGUUCAACAUCAAGAUUGUUGAUGUCAGGAGAUGCCGCAUUUAAAGAGAUCGAUAGGAAUGCUCCGUUAGAUUUAGCCUCGAUACAUGCUGAUUGCAUUGAAAUGUUUGCAUUCUUCAAUAUGAAACUAGUAGAUUCCUUGAACAAGGCAACCAAACUAUCGCUGGAAAAUGUUAAAAGAAGAGCAACAAGCAUUGGUGAACUCAACGCACUCAUGACAACCAGCAUGGUCCUGCAGAUUCCAAUAGCAGUAAUAAAUCCCAGCUUGGAUGAAAUCCAAAAUUAUUUCUCGCAAGUGCUGGCUAACAUUUUGGAUACACAUAAAUACGUCGGAAUGUGGGGCCAAGGAACGAAGAAAAAAUCUUCCAUGAAGAGGGAAGAAACUAACGUCGACGUACCCAAACCUAAAAAUUAUCACAAAGUGAUAAGCGAUAAUAAGGAAAUCAUCAGAAUUUUCAUGAGUCUCCAGGGUGUUAUGUAUUUGGUGCAUCCAGAUGUCGUGUCUCUCCUAGAGCAAUAUCUCGAGUACAGCUAUCUUUGGGCUGAAGAUAGAGAUCAGCAGAUUGAAAAAUUCUGCGACCAAGACCCACUGAUAGUCGAAAUUUCUGAGAAAUUCCAAGAGUACGACGCUAGGGCUGAACACAUAAAACAACUCCCAGAAAAACACAAUAUCGGAGCUAUCCAAAUCACGAUGGAACAAUUCAAGCUCGCGCUGUUGGUGGAAUCUGAUGCAUGGAAACACAUUCUCGGCAAAAAACUUGGUCACAGGUACAAUGAGAAACUGAACAACAUGGUCGAUUUUAUUAAAACUCAGGAGAAAGUAUUGAACAAACCAAUCAAGGACUUAGAUGACUGCAGACUUGCCAUGAAUUGCUUGGAAGUCAUCAGGGAAAAUUUCAUCGAAAUGGAUAUGGACUUGGGCCUGAUGGAGGAAGCCUAUGGAACAUUUGGAAGAUUCAAAAUUGAUGUUUCUAAAGAAGAUAUAGAAAGAAUCGAGUCGCUUCGAUUCAACUUCCAAAAUAUGAUAACUCACUCCAAAUCCGUCCAAGACAACAUCUGCACCGUCCAAGGCCCUCUUCUCGAAGAGCUCACCAACGGCGUGUCCAAAUUCAAAGUGGAAGUGGAACAGUUCGACGUCGACUUCGAGCUGCGCGGUCCGAUGGUGCCAGGUCUGCAAGCCCGCGAGGCCAGCGACAGGGUACUGGCGUUCCAGGAUCGAUUCGACGAGCUGUGGAGGAAGUUCGAGAUGUACAGCAGCGGAGAGAAGCUCUUCGGCCUGGAGGUGAACGAUUACCCGAUUCUGCACAAGCGCAAGAAGGAGUUCAACCUCCUGAACAAGCUCUACGGGCUGUACUUGGCUGUCAACCAUAGCAUCGAUGGGUAUUUCGAUAUUUUGUGGAGUGACGUGGAUAUCGAGGCGAUUUUCGCGGAGCUGCAAGACUUCCAGAACAGAUGUCGCAAAUUGCCGAAAGGAAUGAAAGACUGGCCAGCGUACCUGGAACUAAAAAAGAAGAUAGAUGACUUCAGUGAAACUUGUCCUCUAUUAGAACUAAUGGCCAAUAAGGCUAUGAAAGACAGGCAUUGGAAACGUAUGGGCAACCUAACAGGCUACUCUUUCGACGUGGAAUCCCCAACUUUCACCCUGAAAAGCAUCAUGGAGGCACCUCUAUUGAAAUACAAAGACGACGUCGAAGACAUUUGCAUCAGUGCCGUCAAAGAGAAGGACAUCGAGGCCAAAUUAAAACAGGUCAUCGCUGAUUGGGCUGUGGUAGAAUUGUCCUUCGGGCAUUUCAAGGCAAGAGGCGAGCUUUUGUUGAAAGGACAGGAAACAGGGGAGAUCAUUACCACUUUGGAAGAUAGUUUAAUGAUAAUGAACUCAUUGCUCAGCAACAGAUAUAAUGCUCCGUUCAAAAAAGAUAUCCAACUAUGGGUGCACAAAUUGGUGGAUACUUCGGAAAUUUUGGAAAAAUGGCUCAUCGUUCAAAAUCUCUGGGUCUAUUUGGAAGCGGUGUUUGUUGGUGGUGAUAUCGCAAAACAAUUGCCUGCCGAGGCAAAAAGAUUCAGUAAUAUCGAUAAAUCUUGGAUCAAAAUCAUGACGAGAGCUCACGAGAUUCCGAAUGCCGUUGAAUGCUGUACGGGAGAUGAAACCAUGGGUCAACUAUUACCACAUCUUCUGGAACAACUGGAAACCUGUCAAAAGAGUUUGACAGGCUACCUAGAAUCGAAACGAUUAUGUUUUCCAAGAUUUUUCUUCAUAUCGGAUCCUGUUCUAUUGGAAAUUUUGGGUCAGAGCUCUGAUCCAACGUCAAUUCAACCGCAUUUGCCGAGUUUAUUCGAUGCUGUAUUCAAGGUCGACUUUGAUGAGAAGAAAACAGAUGUCAUAGUAGCCAUGAAUUCGGACCUAGGUGAAAAAGUACCUUUCGAAAAGGGCGUGCAGUGUACUGGUGGUGUCGAAUUUUGGUUGAACAAUCUUCUUCAAAUGGUCAGAGACACUGUCAAGAAUGUCAUAGCUGCCCAGUCGCAAUGUUUGGCGGAUCCAGAUUAUGAUUUUAUUGCCGGGUUCGUCCAAUUCUGCGGACAGGCUGGUCUUGUUGGGGUUCAGAUACUGUGGACCAAAGAAGCAGAAGUAGCAAUCAAAAGAGCCAAAGUGGACAGAAUGCAGAUGAAAAUAACGAAUCAAAGAUUCUUAGAUUUAUUAAAUUCGCUUAUCGAUUUGACAUCGAAAGAUCUGACGAAAAUGCAGAGGAUAAGAUUCGAGACCAUGGUCACAAUACAUGUUCACCAGAGGGAUAUUUUUGAUAAUAUUUGUAAGCUGCGAGUGAAAUCCUUGUUGGAUUUUGAAUGGCAGGCCCAGUCGAGGUUCUAUUACAAUGACGAAAACGAUGAGGUGUUAGUCAAGAUAACUGACGUCAUUUUUCUGUACCAGAAUGAAUAUUUGGGCAUAACGGAACGUUUGGCAAUCACACCUUUGACAGACAGGUGUUAUAUCACGCUAGCUCAAGCAAUUUGGAUAAAUAUGGGUGGAGCUCCAGCUGGACCAGCUGGUACUGGUAAAACAGAAACCACCAAAGAUAUGGGUAGAACUUUGGGAAAGUUUGUGGUUGUCUUCAAUUGCUCUGAUCAGAUGGACUUCAGAGGUUUAGGGCGUAUAUUCAAAGGAUUAGCUCAGUCUGGGACUUGGGGAUGUUUCGACGAAUUCAACCGUAUAGAAUUGCCAGUACUAUCUGUGGCUGCUCAACAGAUUUAUAUAGUACUACAAGCGAGAAAAGAAAGAAAAUCGGUGUUUGUCUUCAUGGAUGGAGACAACGUUUCCAUGAAUAUUGAAUUCGGAAUCUUCUUGACGAUGAAUCCUGGUUAUGCGGGUCGACAAGAAUUGCCAGAAAAUUUGAAAAUCAUGUUCAGAACAGUGGCUAUGAUGGUCCCCGACAGACAAAUCAUCAUUCGAGUCAAGUUGGCCUCGUGCGGUUUCAAAGAUAAUGUAUUUUUAUCCAAGAAGUUCUUCACGUUGUAUCAGUUAUGCGAGGAACAGUUAUCCAAACAAGUGCACUACGAUUUUGGUCUGCGAAAUAUUUUAUCUGUUUUGAGAACUUUGGGAGCUCAAAAAAGAGCGAAUCCAAAUGAGACGGAAGAAGUUGUAGUGAUGAGAGUCUUGAGGGACAUGAAUCUGAGCAAACUUAUCGAUGAAGAUGAACCUUUGUUCCUCUCGCUGAUCGAAGACAUGUUUCCUGGUAUAAAACUAACUACGAAAUCUUGGAAAGAUCUUGGCAAAGCCAUAGCCAAUCAGUGCGCCGAAAUGGGAAUUGUCAAUCACCCAUCGUGGAGUCUGAAGGUCAUACAGUUAUACGAAUCAUCGCUGGUGAGACAUGGUCUCAUGGUAAUGGGUCCAACGGGAGCUGGUAAGACCAAAUGUAUGCACUGCCUCAUGAGGUCAAUGACAGAAACGGGGCUACCUCACAAGGAACUGAGGAUGAAUCCGAAGGCUAUAACGGCUCCUCAAAUGUUUGGUAGACUAGAUGUUGCAACUAACGAUUGGACAGAUGGAAUAUUCUCUACUUUGUGGAGGAGAACUUUGAAAUUCAAAAAAACAGAUUAUUGCUGGUUGAUUCUCGACGGCCCUGUCGACGCCGUCUGGAUCGAGAACCUCAACUCCGUGCUGGACGACAACAAGACACUGACGCUGGCCAACGGCGACCGCAUCGUGAUGGCGGCUAAUUGCAAGCUGGUAUUCGAACCGGACAACGUGGACAACGCCAGUCCUGCCACAGUGUCCAGAAUGGGCAUGGUGUUUAUGAGUUCGUCGGUGCUACCCUGGUCGCCCAUCCUGGAGGCUUGGCUGAAGACGCGGAGCAACCAGGAGGCCGAUACGCUCAGGGCACUAUUCAACAAGAUUUAUGGGGAUCUUCACACAUUCACACAGACCAAACUCAAGGCGAAAAUGUUUAUAAGGGAAGCGCUAUAUAUACGGCAGUGUUAUGACGUAUUGCAAGGGAUUCUGGAUAUAGGCGAUGAACCAAAGGUCUGGACGGACAAACAGCUGGAACGCCUGUUCAUCUUCUCGAUGAUGUGGUCGUUGGGCGCCAUCCUCGAAUUGGACGACAGGGCCAAGCUGGAGCAGUUCGCUCUCGCCCACCCGUCCAGACUCGAUUGGCCCAAGUGCAACGAGAACGAGACCAUCUUCGAGUUCGUGGUGAACCCGGAGAACGGCAGAUGGGAGCACUGGUCUACAAGAGUGGAGGAGUUUGUGUAUCCGCCCGACAGCUUGUUGGAGUUCACGGGGAUCUUGGUGCCAAACGUAGAUAACGUUAGAACGGGGUUCUUGAUAAAUAACAUCGCGAAGCAGAACAAAGCAGUGCUUUUGAUAGGUGAACAAGGUACUGCAAAAACUGUAAUGAUCAAGGGAUAUACCUCAUCGUUCGACCCAGAAUACAAGUUGAAUAAAUGUUUCAAUUUUUCUUCGGCAACAACUCCAAACAUGGUACAGCGGAUUAUUGAAUCUUAUGUUGAUAAAAGAGUAGGAACUACUUAUGGACCACCUGCUGGCAAGACCCUCACAAUAUUUAUUGAUGACAUCAACAUGCCAGUUAUCAACGACUGGGGUGACCAAAUAACCAAUGAAAUUGUCAGACAAUGCAUGGAGAAUGGAGGUUUCUACAGUUUGGACAAACCUGGUGAUUUUUCAGUUAUCGUAGAUGUUAUGUUCCUUGCUGCCAUGAUACAUCCUGGCGGUGGAAGAAAUGAUAUUCCACAUAGGCUCAAACGACAAUUUUCCAUUUUCAACUGUACGCUACCCAGUAUCACGUCCAUGGAUCUCAUUUUCAGUCAAAUUGGUUGUGGUUAUUUCUGCAAAGAAAGAUUUAGCGCAGAAGUAGUCGAGUUCCUGCCGAAAUUCAUUCCACUAACCAGACACUUGUGGCAGAACACCAAGAAGAAGAUGCUGCCGACUCCUGCGAAGUUUCACUACGUCUUCAAUCUUCGAGAUUUGUCCAGGAUCUGGCAAGGCAUUUUGACGGUGCAAGGUCUCGAGUGUACGAAUAAAACGUCGCUAUUGAAACUUUGGCGACAUGAGUGUACCAGAGUUAUAGCAGAUCGAUGUACUGAAGAAAGUGACCGAGUAUGGUUCACGAACGCCUUGAAGAAACAAGCAGAAGAAGAACUUGGUGAUGAUUUUCAAUAUUACGAAGAAGAAGAAUCAUUCUGGGUGGACUUUUUGCGAGAACAGCCUGAAGCUACUGGUGACGAACCCGAAGAUUUUUGCUUCGAUGCCCCUAAAGUAUACGAAGAAAUACCUAGUUGGCAAUUUCUCAAAGAUAAACUUUUCUCAUUUAUGGAGCAAUACAAUGAAGCAGUUAGAGGUGCAGCCAUGGAUAUGGUGUUCUUCCGUGACGCGAUGGUACAUCUGAUGAUUAUCUCGAGAAUCAUACGGACUGCCAGAGGAAAUGCCCUCCUUGUUGGUGUGGGUGGUUCUGGAAAACAGAGUUUGACGAGACUCGCUUCUUUUAUAGCUAACUAUCAGAGCUUCCAGAUACAACUCACUAGGUCAUAUAAUGUCAACAACCUAAUGGAUGACAUGAAAUUCCUGUAUCGUCAAGCUGGCCUAGUGGGCACCGGAGUUUCCUUCAUCUUCACCGAUAACGAAAUAAAAGAAGAAACAUUCUUGGAGAGUUUGAAUAACAUUCUGAGCUCUGGAGAGAUCGCAAAUCUCUUUGCCAAGGACGAAUUAGAUGAGAUACAGUCAGAGUUGAUUCCUAUAAUGAAAAAAGUACUGCCUAGGAGACCUCCGACUGUCGACAACCUUUACGAUUUCUUCUUGACCAGAGCAAGAUCGAAUUUGCACGUCGUACUGUGUUUUUCUCCUGUUGGAGAAAAAUUCAGAAGCAGAGCCCUAAAGUUCCCUGGAUUGAUUUCUGGCUGUACUGUGGAUUGGUUCGCGAAAUGGCCGGAAGACGCCCUAAUAGAAGUAUCUUCUCAUUUCCUACAAAACUUCCAAGUGGUGGCUACAGCUGACGUAAAACAAGAACUUAUAUUCAUCAUGGCCGAUAUCCAUGAUGGAGUUUCAGAUUUUUGUAAUCAAUAUUACAACAAAUUCCGGCGAAGAACAUACGUCACUCCGAAAACCUUCAUAGCCUUCCUGGCCGCUUACAAAGUACUCUACAAGAAGAAGCUCGACGAAAUCGGCGUGUUAGCUCAAAGAAUGAAAACGGGCCUGAAGAAGCUGGUGGAGGCGCAAGUGAGCGUCGAUGAGCUAAGAAAAGAGUUGGCUGUGAAAGAGAAGGAGAUGACGGUGGCUACCGAAAAGGCUGAGGUGGUACUCAACGAGGUGAUGGCUGCAUCCGAGGUGGCCAACAAAAUCAAAGAGGAGGCCCUGGUGGUGAAGGAGCGCGCUGAGAACCUGGUGGCCUUGAUCAGCGUGGAUCAGAAGGAGGCGGAGGGGAAGCUGUUGGCUGCCAAGCCCGCUUUGGAUGCUGCCGAACAGGCAUUGCUGACAAUUAAAGCAUCUGAUAUUGCAACGGUGAGGAAAUUGGGAAAACCGCCAUAUCUGAUCACGCUCAUCAUGGAUGCAGUACUGAUAUAUUUCAAGAGGAAAAUUGAACCCGUCAAGCCUGAUCCUGAGAAAAAUUUCUUGAUUCCAGCUUGGGCCGAAUCUCUGAAGGUUAUGGCUGAUACAGCCUUCCUCAGAAAACUCCAAGAAUACCCCAAAGAUUCCAUAAAUGGCGAAACUGUGGAUCUGCUAAUACCUUAUUUCAACUAUCCCAUGUAUACUUUCGAGGCCGCUAAGACAGCUUGCGGUAACGUUGCUGGUUUGAUAUCGUGGACCAAAGCCAUGGCAGCAUUCUUCGAUGUCAAUAGAGAAGUAUUGCCUCUAAAGGCGAAUUUGGUCAUUCAGCAAGUCAAAUUGAACAGAGCACAGGAAGAAUUAGGCGCUGCUAUGGAAUUACUGAGAAGUAAAGAGGAAGAAGUAAGGCAGUGCCAGGAGCAAUACGAAGAGGCGAUGACUUUCAAACAAAAAAUUUUCGACGAAGCGAUGAAAGUGAAAAACAAGAUGGACGCCGCCACAGCUCUGAUAAACGGUCUGUCCGGAGAAAGAGUGCGUUGGACCGAUCAACUAGCGCAGUUCAAGGCUGAAACGGAACGUCUGGUCGGAGACGUCGUGAUGUUGACCGGCUUCCUGGGAUACACGGGACCCUUCAAUCAGGAAUUCCGAUCGAUGAUGCAGGCCUCCUGGCUCGAGGGUCUCAGCAAGAGGAAGAUGCCGGUCACGUUGAGUUUGAACAUCAUCGAGAGUUUGGCGGAUUCUGCCACGAUAGGAGAAUGGAAUCUUCAAGGACUACCCACCGACGACUUAUCUAGUGAAAACGGUAUCAUAGUCACGACAGCUACUAGGUAUCCCCUUAUGAUCGAUCCCCAAAGUCAAGGAAAAGCCUGGAUAAAAGAGAAGGAAAGAGAAAACCAGUUGAUCGUCACAUCGUUGAAUCAUAAAUAUUUCAGAAAUCACAUAGAAGAUGCUGUUUCUCUAGGAUACCCCAUGAUCAUAGAAGACAUAGCCGAAGAGCUGGAUCCAGUUUUGGAUAACGUGAUGGAAAAGAACCUAAUAAAAAUCGGUUCCACCUACAAAGUCAAGGUCGGAGACAAAGAAGUCGAUUUUAACAAAAAUUUCAGGAUGUACGUCACCACUCGUCUGGCCAAUCCCAUGUACACUCCUGAAAUCUUCGCAAGGGCUUCCAUCAUAGAUUUCACAGUAACGAUGAAAGGUUUAGAGGAUCAGCUACUCGGUCGAGUAAUAUUAACUGAAAAGAAAGAACUGGAAACAGAAAGAACGAACUUGAUAAAAGAUGCAACUGCAAACCGUAGGAAAAUGUCAGAGCUAGAAGCGAAUCUACUUUACAAACUCACCACAACUCAAGGGUCCCUACUAGACGAUGACACUGUUAUUGAAGUUUUGAACACAACCAAAGCCACAGCAAACGAAGUCAAGGAGAAACUGUCCAUUGCAAAAGAAACCGAAAUCAAAAUCAACAUAGCCAGAGAAGAGUUUAGGCCUGUGGCAGCUAGAGGAAGCGUUCUAUAUUUUCUGGUUGUGAGCAUGGCUAUGGUGAACGUCAUGUACCAGACGUCUUUGGUGCAGUUUCUGGAACGAUUUGAUUUGUCUAUGCUGCGUUCAGAAAAAACACCGCUCGUCUCAAAACGAAUCGUCAACAUAAUAGAUUACCUAACUUACGAGAUCUUCAAGUACAAGUCCAGAGGUCUCUACGAGGAACACAAAUAUAUGUUUGUGUUGCUUAUGACCUUGAGGAUCGACCUCGAGCGGGAGAAUAUCACUCACGAGGAGUUUCAGAAUUUCAUCAAGGGAGGCGCUGCAUUGGACUUGAACGCUUGCCCGGCGAAACCUGCCAAGUGGAUCAUGGAUAUGACCUGGUUGAAUUUGGUUGAAUUGUCCAACUUGAGGCAUUUUCAGUACAUCGUUCAGCAGGUAUCAGCAAAUGACAAGCAAUGGAAAGUAUGGUUCGACAAGGACGCCCCUGAAGAAGCCAUCAUACCAGACGGAUACAAUUCUCUGGACACUUUCAGAAAGCUAUUGAUGAUAAGAGCCUGGUGUCCGGAUAGAACCAUCACCCAGAGCAGAAAGUACAUAGCCAGCUCUCUGGGCCAGAAGUUUGCUGAGCCCGUCAUAUUGAACAUGGAGACUCUACACAGCGAGUCGCGGCCUCUCACCCCGAUAACUUGUUUCUUGAGCAUAGGAUCGGACCCGACUCCUUACAUUGAGCAAUUGGCCAAACGGCUGGAGCUCAAGAGCAAGUCGAUAUCUAUGGGCCAAGGACAGGAGAUACAUGCCAGGAAAAUGUUGACCCAGGCGAUGUCCGAGGGUUAUUGGGCUCUACUUCAAAACUGUCACUUAUCCCUGGACUACAUGAACGAAGUCCUCGCCCAAUUCCUCGAAUUGGAAAAGGGCAUCGGCUCCACCCACCCGGACUUCCGGCUGUGGAUAACCACCGAAGUGAACCCGAACUUCCCUAUCAACUUGCUCCAGAUGUGCAUCAAGUUCACGAACGAAGCUCCGUCAGGAAUUCGAGCUGGUCUGCUGCGAACCUACUCGUCGAUGAACCAAGACCUCCUGGACUAUUCGGACGCUUGGCAAUACAUCCCGUUGGUGUACGCGAUUUCGUUUUUGCACACGGUGGUCCAGGAAAGGAGGAAGUUUGGACCGUUGGGAUGGAAUAUUCCGUAUGAAUUCAACUCGGCCGAUUGGUUGUCCAGCGUUUUGUUCCUGCAAAAUCAUUUGGACGACAUCGAUCCUAAGCGAGGAAUCAGUUGGCAAACUCUCAGGUACAUGCUAGGAGAAGUCCACUAUGGAGGAAGAGUAACAGACGACUUCGACAAAAUAUUGUUGAACACUUUCUGCCGUGUAUGGUUCAAUGAUAACGUUUUCAAUGAUGAUUUCAUGUUCUACAAGGGCUACAAAAUAGUGAGAUUCAAGAACAUAUCGGAUUAUGUAGCACACAUUGACACUUUUGCCGCUACUGACCCACCCCAAGCAUACGGACUCCAUUCGAAUGCAGAUAUAACGUAUCAGACCAAUAGUACAAUAGCAAUGUUUGAUCAAAUGCUUGCCAUCCAACCCAAAGAAUCUGGUGGAGGUGGAGGAGAAUCGAGAGAGACCGUAGUUGGGAGGCUUGCCAGUGAAAUGCUAUCCAAGUUACCGAACAACUAUGACCCUUUCGAAGUGAGAGAUAGAUUGAGAGCGAUGAAUCACUUGAAUCCACUGAAUAUAUUCCUGAAACAGGAAAUUGACAGAAUGCAGAAGGUCAUCACCCUUGUUAGAGCUACCCUCAGAGAUUUAUUGUUAGCUAUCGAAGGAACCAUCAUCAUGAGUGAGGCUUUGGGUGACGCUCUAGAUAGUAUAUAUGAUGCCAAAGUGCCCCAUAUGUGGCUGAGAGGCUCAUGGGCUGCCAGCACCUUGGGAUUCUGGUUUACCGAGUUGAUGGAAAGAGACGCCCAAUUUAGAACUUGGUGUUUUUCUGGCAGACCAGCCUGUUUUUGGUUGGCUGGCUUCUUCAAUCCACAAGGAUUCUUGACUGCUAUGAAACAGGAGGUUGCAAGAGCUCAUAAGGGUUGGGCAUUGGACCAAGUAACCUUAUUUAAUGAGGUUACUAAGAAUGCUAGGGAAGAGGUAGCUCAAGGACCACCAGAGGGAGUUUUUGUCUAUGGACUCUUCUUAGAUGGUGCUGGAUGGGAGAAGAAACAUGCACGACUUGCUGAGUCUACGAAUAAAGUACUCUACACCCUUAUACCAGUCGUACACAUUUUCGCUGUCUACUCGACUGAUUCUAAGUCACCAAGUCUUUAUGUGUGCCCUGUUUAUAAAAAAUCUCGAAGGACUGGUCUGAACUACAUUGUUUGUUUGUAUCUGAACACUGUGAAGCCCCCAGAACAUUGGUGCCUCAGAGGAACAGCUCUGCUUUGUGAUAUUCAAUGAACGUUCAUGUUAUUUUAUAAUAUAUUUAGGUACCUUUUUAUUAAUAUACGGUUAUUUCUUCU